ACAAAAAUGAGUGCAAUUUUAAAAUUUAUUCGUGAAAAUCACAUAUUAGCCCUUAUAGAACAAGCCAUUGUCAAAAAGAAAUCGCGGUUGAGUCUGAACGCUUUCGAAAUCACUGAAAUACCGAACUUACUUUACAACUGUAUGGAAGUCGAACAUCUUUAUUUACAUAGAAAUAAAAUAUCGGUAGCCCCAGUGCAAAUAACGGAGUUGUUAAAUCUUACUACAUUAACUCUGGAUUACAAUAACAUAAGUUCGCUGCCGCCUGAAAUUGGGAACUUGAAAAACUUAGUGAAUUUAAAUAUAAGUUAUAAUCCCUUAAAAGUGUUAAUACCUGAAAUUGGUGAGUUGGAGAACUUGGAGGCUUUCUGGUGCAACAGGAUAGGGUUAAAGGAGAUCCCUCCGGAAAUCGGGAAGUUGUCCAAACUUGACACUUUUGGCGCCAGAGGCAACGAACUUCAGACUAUACCGGAAGAAAUGACCAGACUAACAAAACUAAGAUGGCUGACUCUAGAAAACAACCUAAUAGACUCUCUACCAAACACGAUGGACAAAAUGGAGGCGUUAGUACAUUGUAACUUGAGAAAUAACCGUUUAAGAGAGUUUCCUGCAAGUGUGCUUCAAUGUCCCGACCUUAUGUUCUUGCAGUUGAAUAAUAACCUGAUAACCAGCUUGUCUGUAAACUUCGACACCAGUUUCCUCGCCAUGUUAGAGAUGAUAGACUUACGGAUGAACCCCAUCUGUGAAUUACAACAUCCAGAGCAUCCCCUAGUUCGUUACGCAGAAGAAAUGCCGACCAGCGACACAGACCUCUCCUCGCAAGCAUCAACCUCACACUUGCAGGGUCAACCGGCUGUGGGAGUUGCUCAAGCUUUAGCUAUUAAUGCUACCGCGUUAAGACUGCCUGCUGUGCCACAAAGGCAUCCGAAUCAGGAACCUUUAGUCGUUGAAAUGGAAAUGGAUGCAUCGUCAAUAGAGUCGUCAGAAGAUUGGGAGAACAGCGUGAACAGCUCUGAAUUGGACGUGCAAUACCAAAGCGACGAAGAGCGAGCUGAUAAUGAGAUCGCACAAUUUUUUCAGGCCGUCGGAAUGGUACUGCCAGAACUUUCCCGAUACGCUUCAACGGCCAGUUGAGCUGACGACAUUGCGCUCAUGUCUGGUAACACCGAUUGCACACCUGGUAACACCAGCCGAAGACCUAGGAAUAUCAGCCUCAAAUCUUUAAAUAAUGACGGUAAACCUGGUAACAUAAACUACGAAUCUGGUAACACUGGCUACAUACUUGGUAAUGUCAAAAGUUCACCUAUUAACACCUAUAGCACACUUUGUGAUGCCACGGGAAAUUAAGCAACGUCAGUCUUACUUUACCAGACAAAGUUAAUAGCGCCAUCGGCCUUGUACUUGGAAAACGCAAAUCUGGUCAUAUCAACCUCGGCCACCGUCGCACCUAUAGCACAUGUGGUCACAAGUGCUGCAAAGGCUGUACACCUGGCACAAUCGAAUACACUCGUAAUAAGUUCACACCUGGUAAAACCGACGUUGCAGUCGACACCACAUCUUGUCCAUUCAGACCUGUUGAUACCCUCAGCUAUCCUGCCGACCUGAUUACAUUACGCGCAUACUUGGUAUCAAAAAGUGCCCAAAUUGGACACACCAAAUGCAUUACUGCUAAUCUUGAGGUCGUACGGUAACAACAACUACACACUUGGCAACACUAGCAUCAUCAACAGCAUAUGCGGCAAGACAAAAUACAGGCAUGUCAACAUACAAGUGCAUAACUGGUAACACUGAGCACGUAUCUGGUAAUAAUAACUAUACCCCUGGCAAUACCAACCUCGCGACUGGCAACACCGGGUAUGUACUUGAUAAACACAAUCAAAACAAUAAUGACCGUAUACCUGGUAAUACAAAAUUCACACGCAGUAACACUAACUGCACACGCAGUAACACUAACUGCACACUUGGUAACAUCAAAAAAUUACCUAAUAACGCAUACAGCAAACUUUGUGAUGUCACUGGAAAAUAUAGCAAAAUCAGGCUUACCUUACUAGACAAAGCCAAUUGCACCUUCGGCCGUAUACUUAGAAAUUGCAGAUCUGGUCACAUCAACCGCACCCAUGGUCAUACCGAUUGCACGUCUAGUGACAUCACUCAAAAAUCCAACUAUUCCCCUCCCAUUCACGAGCACUGCAGAGGCUGUACACCUGGCACAAUCGAAUACGCAAUUGAUUUGUUGACACCCGGUAAAGCCAGUAUAUCAGUCGACACGAUACCUAGCUCAUUCAAACCUGUUCAUAUCAUUAGCUAUCCUAGUAACAUCAACGGUCGAUCUGGUUACCUUAUGCUCAUAUCUGGUAUCAAAAAAUGCACUUCUAGAAACACUAAAUGUGAAUGCAUUACUUGUAAAAUUGAGUUCAUAACUGAUAACGACUACUGCACACCUGGCCAAUAUUAACAACACGUCAGCAACACAAAUCGCAACACCACAACAUCAACACCACACUAACAAUGCAUAUCUUAAUUUGUACUGAUUUAUUGCAGCACUUUGGUGUUCAAAUUAAAUUAUUACUUUUAUGUCAAAUACUUACCGUCUAGUAAGUAUAGUUUUUUUUCCCGUAAGCUCUAGACAUUAGAAAUGUUGAAAAUUGAAUACAAAAACACAUGCUCC